UAACCAGCGUGUUGACGUCACUGGCGGUCCCGCCCUGCAUCCCCGCCCCAGCCCAGCCGGCGGGGACCGCGGAGCCGGGUCUGCAGGCCAGCGGGCGGCCCGCGCCGCGGAGGAGCACACUGAAGUUGAUUCCUACAGAAUGUCCUGCUGGUUUGCUGACUCUGAGGAGACGAAUAACCCAAGCACUGUAAGCUAGUGUCACCCAGUUUGGAGGAAAAUAAAAGAGAGCUGUGUAGAUUCUUGGACAGUUCUGUACAGGGUACUAACAGCAUGACAUAUGGACUCAGUCCCUCCUGUUUUAAACAUACCAUGUACAAAGAACACAUGACAACUGAAGAAAAAGUAAAAGGAGAAAAAAACUGCCAUCCCUCAUAGGCUGCUUCUCCCCAGGGAUGGUGGAGUUGGAUGGAGACUCCGUCCGUCCUCCUCCAGGAUGAACCCCCUGCCAGAAGCCAUGGAGAACACUCUGACCGGGAGCCAGAGUUCACAUGCAUCACUGCGAGACAUCCAUUCCAUCAACCCUGCGCAGCUCAUGGCCAGGAUUGAGUCCUAUGAAGGAAGGGAAAAGAAGGGCAUUUCUGAUGUCAGGAGGACUUUCUGUCUCUUUGUCACCUUUGACCUCUUAUUUGUAACAUUGCUGUGGAUAAUAGAGUUAAAUGUGAAUGGGGGCAUCGAGAACACCCUGAAGAAGGAAGUGAUUCAUUAUGACUACUACUCCUCUUACUUUGACAUAUUUCUUUUGGCAGUCUUUCGAUUCAAAGUGCUGAUACUUGGAUAUGCUGUGUGCAGAUUGCGUCAUUGGUGGGCAAUAGCGUUGACGACAGCAGUGACCAGUGCCUUUUUAUUAGCAAAAGUGAUCCUCUCAAAGCUCUUCUCUCAAGGGGCAUUUGGCUAUGUGUUGCCCAUCAUUUCAUUCAUCCUUGCCUGGAUUGAGACGUGGUUCCUGGAUUUCAAAGUGUUACCUCAAGAGGCAGAAGAAGAAAACAGACUCCUGCUAGUUCAGGAUGCAUCAGAGAGGGCUGCUCUCAUCCCUGCAGGACUUUCUGAUGGUCAGUUUUACUCCCCUCCUGAGUCUGAAGCAGGAUCUGAAGAAGAAGCUGAGGAAAAACAGGACAGUGAGAAACCACUUUUAGAACUAUGAGUUCUGCUCUAUGAAUGUGAAGAACCCUCAUUGCAAGUCAUCUAAGGACGACAGGUGGAGAUGGGCUUCUCCUGGAGCUUAAUGGUGGAUCUGCUCACUGCUGGCUGUUGAUGAGCUAAGGAAUUUAUUUAUGGUGAUACCUCAUGGACAUUGCUCCGCCUCCACUCCCAUCAUCCCUGCCUGUGGCAGUUGCAUCAUGCUCUGGUCCUUCCUCUAUUCUGUGAGUCUCCAUCUGACCUGAUAAUGAAUAACUCGGUCUCGUGCUGCAUCCGAAUCAAAAGACUGCUUAAUAUAUUGAAAUAACAGUUUCGUAGUAAGUGAGACUCCUUUUUAUUUCAAUUCACAGAAUGUUAUUUUUUUUGUUUCAUGUCUCAGAUUUCUUUUGUAUUUCUUUUUUAACUCCUUACAUUUCACUUGUGUUUUUAAACUCAUGCACAUGUGCUCUUUAUACAAUUUUAAAAUAAUAAAUCCAACAUAUCAAAAGGA